GGCCCAUAUAAAGGAAUCGAAAAUAGAACUAUAAUCUACAGACAAAUUCCAGAUUGGUACGUUGGAUUACUGACAUUUAUCGUUUUCAUGAGGGUUUUCCAUGGUUAAAUCGAACAUUUCACACUGAGUAUAACACCCAAAAAAUCAAUUCGUCAAUAAAGUUAUAAGCAACAAAGGAUUUCUGAAGAUUUGUUUAUGUCAAAUUAAUUGAUAAAAGAGAGAUAUUACGUUAUUUUAUAGAUUAUUACUGUCACUAUUGAGAAAGAUGAUAAAUAUAUUUGAAAUACCAGUCAAUGACAGUUUCAUACGACAUAACAUGAUAUAUGGAUUUUAAAGAACUUUUUUCCCCCUGGUGACGUCAUAAUGUUACACGGACUAUAUUUCUACAACUUUAAAACUGUGUGAAUAUUAUGUUGGAAAAAUGGAUAUUUCGUUGUGGUGAAUGGAAGAUAGUCCAGUUUGAGGAACCCCCACAACCCGAGGAGGAUGCGUCUGCCACGCUGAAAAAUAGUACAUACCUGACGAUAAAGAAUGCAUUUAGCUUGGCUUACGGGGACGAUGAACAACUCAAAAUCAGCGUUGACAAUAUAUUUCCAUUGCUUAAGUCCCUUGGAUUGAAUCCACAAAGCGAAGAAGUCGUUGAUCUCGUGCGUGAAGCUAGUAUUGAAACUUUUGGUGAUAUAAACCUAACGGAUUUUGAAAAUGUUGUCCUGGGUAUGGUCAAACAAAUUGACGAAACAUUGUGGGAGAAGCGUCUUGAGGAGAAAGAUCGUCUCCACCACGAGAGGGAGGCAGCAAAAGCUUCAGCAGAGGCAGAUAGACUUCGAUUGGAACAAGAGAGACAGAAAGCUGGAUUUGAAAAGGAAGAAGAUGAUACUGAUGAAUGGCAAGAGUACGAAAGAAAGCUGAAGGAAGAAGCAGAAAAGAAAGAAAAAGAACUGAAGGAAGAUGAACUGUAUGACAACCUUAAAAUGGCGUUUAGAUUCAUCGACGCCGAUGAAGAUGGUGUUAUCUCUACACAAGAUCUGUAUGUGUUGAUGAUGGGACUCGGAGAGAUGAUGACAGACGAUGAACUAUUUGGAAUGGUGAACAUGGCCGACUGUGACUGUGAUGGCAAGGUUACUUUCGAAGAUUUUAAGAAGUUUUUGCUACCGCAAUCAGGAGACGAGAAUCUUAUCUUGUCACCGGCAGCAAUAGCGCAGCAGUUACUGCUGUCUGGAACAAAUCCUACGGGAACCAUUCAACCGGAAGUGACAGAAAAUGACGCUGAACUUGCAGACGAGAAAAACGAACUAGUCACAGACAAAACAGAAACCUCUGAAGAUACUCAGAAAACUGUUGCAAAUACUCAUUCUAGUGAAAAAGAGGACAGUAAAGCUAACAACAACACACCUGACUUGUCGGAUGAAGAAAGGGCGCGAAUUCAAAAGAGAAGACAGUCUAUGUUAUGGGGAUAUAUGAAUGCACCCAAAUCUAGUACAAACUCAAGGCGUACCAGUGUUCCGUCAAUAACUUCAGUAGUUGAUGAAGUUUUUGAAUUAGCAGAGCAAGAAUCAACCGUUAGUAUAGAAUCAGUGAAAGAAACAGGCGAGGACUUUCAAGACGGCGAUUCUGCAGACGUUAAAGCAUCUACACCAACGGAAGGAGCUGGUCAGUUUCUAGGAGCUAUCCGAGAAGAAGACGAACAUUCUAAUUACGGAAUAGUGAACAAUGAUGAUGAAAAUAAUGUUCCUGAUGCAAACAAUACUUCUGAGAAUAAAUUUACUAGUGCUUUAGAAGCUAAACGGAAACUAUUCUCUAGACAAAGCUCCUCUGCUUCUUUGAAGACUAAAAACACAGACAGUUUUGGUGAUUCCGGAAUCGAGACGAUGGAUUCUGUAAACUGCUCAGAGAUUCGGGAUCAACCGGAUGUUUUUGACAUUUCUGAUUCGGAAGCAGACGGAGAGAAAAAAUCUAAAUUGCGACGACCUUCCUUGUCAGACGCCAUUUACAGUGGUAACGAAGAUGACGAGGACAUGAUAGAUCCUCUGCACGUGCACGAAUCUUUGUCACGUGUCUCAUCAUCAGACUCAUUAUUAAAACUUGAUCUUGAAUCAGACGAAAGGCUUCCACAGGAUAGUUCUGACGAGGACGCGGAAGAAAGAGUUAGAAACUUUGUAAAUGAACAUACUUACAUUGAAAUUCAGCCAACGCCACCCCGGGCGACGCAAGAAGAAAUUGAAAGGCAAGUGGAAAUAAAACGAUUAGCAGAAGAAAGAAUAAAUAGGGCGCAUACUUUAGAAAGAGCGAUCAUGCAGCGUUCAUUCACUUCACCAGCGUUAACUUUAUACAGAAGUAAACUUGAGCGCCCUCUUACGGCUAGACCUUCUGUGAAUGGAAUACAUUGCUCCCACAUUGACAUAGAUCUUAGAUGUGAUGAACCACCUAAAGCUGAUAUCAAAUCAAUGAGACAAUUCAAAGAACGCGUGAAUAGCGCGCGAUCGAGUCGACGAGAUAACCAAAAUCAGUUUAGACGAAACAUGAGUGUAAUAGACAUAAGUGAAAGUAUAUAUUCUGACGAGAAUUUGCAGAAUGAAACCGAUAGACAAAAAUGGCCAAUGAGGCCUUUAACUAGACCAAGAUCACCAGUAGGUAGAAAACUCUUUAGUCCUUGUGAGAAACUGUUUAGUUUAGAUCUAGAAACGGAUGAGUUUGAAAGACUGAAUCAAAGUAGAGAGAAACGUGGCAGGCGGCGAGCAAAAUCUGCGGCGCCUCUACGUAGGUCGUGCUCGCCUUCUCCCCCAGUCACCGGAGUUAGGAAGAACACAGAGCGGCCAAUGACGGCGUCCUUACCGUACACCUCCUCAAGAUAUGAAAACGACAAAAAACGGAAUGUUUUAGUAGUGGAACCACUUGCUAACGCAGACGAACUUUAUCCAAAUAAAACCACACUAACUACGUUUCACCACGGUUUUAGGAGUAUAUGGCCGAUCGGGAGGAAAAUUAAUCUGAUUCAGACGAAAAAGCCAUUCCAAGCUUUUGAAAUGAACUCCUAUUCAAGAAAUAUUGAAAGAAGACAGUUUCCAUUCAAGGCUGAUCAUAAUAUAAAGACAACAACACAAUUAAUAAAAACAUCUACUACAGAAACGUUAAAAAAUACAGCCGGAAAUAAAAAUGCUAUCAAUCUGGAUAUGAAAACAAAGCAAAUGAAAAGACCAUCUGUGAGGAAACUUUCCUUGUAUAUCACACCAAACAGUACACCAAGAGCUGUGAGGUAGUGGUCAACAGUUAUUGAAUUAUGAAAAUCAAAUAUUUUUUAUUCAAAUUCGUCUUGGAUCAAGUAGCCUCCUGGAGAAAUGGGACACGUGACUGGUUAAUAUAGCAUUUAAUUAAUUUAUUUAUUUGUUUAUUUUCCUAGUGCUCAUACUAAGAUAUGUAACUGAUGUUUGUUUUGUUUAGUACCGUUAAUGUUAGUAUAAUGUUGGUGCUGCAGAAUUUUGCAAAAUUGCAGCGUUAAUUUUAUAAGUUAUUCUCGUGAUACGAAGUGUCGGCGUCAAAAUAAAUAAAAACUCGUUCUCAAAA